AUGAGUGAGUAUCGAGUGGCGGUGAUCGGCGCCGGGAUGGCGGGAGUGGCCACUGCGAGCGCCUUGCUGGCGUCGAAGCACUUUAAGCUCCAAGAUAUUUGCGUGCUGGAGGCUCAGAAGCGUAUCGGUGGACGGAUCCACACUCGCGUCUUUAGUGACGAGAUGCCGGUGAAGGUGGAAGCAGGGGCGGCGUGGAUUCACGGCACGGAGGACAACCCGAUGGUCGAAUUGGCUGAGAGAUUCGGUAUCGAACUUCAAGAGAUUAGCGCUCGGAACCCGUGGCUUCAUCCGAGUUCAUGUCCAGGGUUUGUGGUCUAUGAGGGUAAUAGACAGUUGGGUGAAGAGGAAGUGAAGGAGACGUGGGAGUGGCAAGAUCUGUUGCUUCAUAAGCUCCAGAAGCUAGCGUUGUCCGGGGAAAGGGAGGGCAACACUCUAGCUGUGGCCGUGGAAUAUCUUUUAGGGGAAGAUAAGGAGCUACAAAGGAUUGUGGCGUCCAGUGCCAAUGCUCGUGAGAGGUUAAAACUGUGUCUGCAUCUUGUGGAGACGUGGAUGGGGAGUGAGAGCCAUGAAAUGCAGAUCGACGCGCUCGGGGAGAUCGAUCUCAUGGGAGAUGAUCCCGGAGCUCAUUGUCUGGUUCCUACAGGAAUGGAGACUUUCGUUGAGCACCUCUCUGCGCCAUUAAAAAGUAUGAUUCGCACUAACGCUAGUGUCACCUCAAUUAACUAUGAAGGACCAGAAGGCGUGAGCAUUGAGUGCACUGAUGGUAGCAUAUUGAAAGCAGAUCGCGUCGUGGUGACAUGCUCUCUGGGUUUCCUCAAGUCCGGGCAGUUGCAGUUCCUUCCCGAACUGCCACGUCCGAAGGUUGACGCUAUCUCUCGAUCACAAAUGGGCCAAUGUAUGAAAGUUAUGGUCCAGUUUCCUGAAGCCUUCUGGCCUACGAACGCCUCGUUCAUCACUCAGAGUUGCGAUACCACUGGAUUCAAGACCAAUCGAAUUUAUUUCCCAGUGAUCUUCAGCUACUACAGAGUAAAAGGAGUACCCAUUCUCGAAGGUGACCUCAUUGGAGAUAGAGCUGAAGAGGUUUCCAGGACGCUUUCCGACCAUGAGAUCGCACACGCAUUGUUCCUGCAGCUGCAAGAAAUGUUUGGCCUUGAGAUUCCUGAACCUGUUGGCCACUUUAUCACGAGCGCAGCUCUACGUAUUCGUGAAUGUCCGCCGUCUUGA